AUGGCGGGCGGCGGCAUACCUGCGCUUACAAUGUGCGAUACAUUCAAGAUGAAAGACUCUGGAGUCAUCAAGCUUCUUGUUUUACUGUUAGCGCUUACCAGCUCGACGGCUGCUCUGUGGGGAUUUUCGUCUCCUAUCAACUCCCGCCAACAACCUCUCCAAGCUCUCACAGAUCAGCAAUCAAUCAUGGACAAGCUCAUCCCCGAUAUCCUCAAGCCGCAGACUGCAGCGCCAAAAGAGGAUCUAUCAGGCCAAGCAGAUGGGCCUAUAAUCUCAGACGUUCUUCCCAAAACCAAGGGAAUCAAUAUCUUCGCCCAGCUGACUCGGGAUUUCGAACCGAUCGCUUCUCGCUUGAAUGACCCAUCGAAGAACAUAACCGUCCUCGCGCCGAGGAACAGUGUUAUUCAGGCAUUGCCUCGCAAGCCAUGGGAGGAUCCGGCGGAUUAUAGCAAAUUUGGCGAAGUGGAAGCAUACGAAGGACAAGAGGGGCAGGAUCGAGCAAAGGGCAACCUGCAGAAGUUCGCGGAAGCUCACCUUAUCCCCGCGAGUCCCUGGAGAGCUGGGGAAGAGGUUGAGACGCUUGGAGGGGGGGAAACUGAAAUUCAACCCGGCAACGUCGAAGUGGAUAGUAUUGCGGAGAAAGUCUCCAAUGGCGAGGUCUGGGUUUUGAACGGCGUAAUCAACUACCGUUGA